CCCUUUUUAUUUAAUCUGUAUUGGUAGAUAUUUUUGCAAAAUUUUGUGUUUGUGAUUACUUAAUCUUUUAGGCUCUUUCUCCAUAAUAGGUUACUCAACAGUGAAUUGCUGUCCUCUCACCUCAGGAAGGUAAAGGGUGUGAUAAAUGGCAGCAGCUGCGUCAAUCUUUACAUCUUCAGCACAAUUCUUGUCGAGCACGAGGCCGGUGGCUGCUAAAGCUACAGUCUCAAUCUCAAACACUCUUGCUAGUAGUUUCACUGGUGCUUCAGUGCCAAGGAAUUUCCCAAAGAAGAAAAGAGUAGUGAAGGAAACUGGGAAAGUGCGUGCUGCAGCCUCUGUUUCAACAAGUCCCAUGGAAGAAACCAAAGAGUAUACUCUCCCUUCUUGGGCUAUGUUUGAAUUGGGGAGGUGUCCUGUAUAUUGGAAAACCAUGAAUGGCCUUCCUCCUACUGCCGGAGAGAAGUUAAAGCUUUUCUACAAUCCGGAUGCAACCAGCCUUGUUCCAAAUAAAGAAUUUGGGAUUGCUUUUAAUGGUGGCUUCAAUCAACCAAUUAUGUGUGGUGGUGAACCAAGGGUAAUGCUGAAGAAGAGUCGAGGAAAAGCUGAUCCCCCAAUAUACACCAUCCAAAUAUGUAUUCCUAAGCAUGCUCUGAACUUGAUCUUCUCGUUCACAAAUGGGGCCGAGUGGGAUGGUCCUUACAGAUUGCAGUUUCAAGUUCCAAAGGCCUGGAGGAACAGACCAAUUGAAUUCUUCAAUGAGGGUCUGGCAGAAGAAUUGAGCAGAGAAGGUGCCUGUGAAAGAGCAAUCUUUCCAGAAACAAACAUUAUUGUUGAUAGGUGUACUAUGAUCGGUAACUUGUCAAUUGAAGGAGGCGAUCGCUGCGAUCUCAAUCUUGUUCCAGGAUGCAUGGAUCCUAACUCAUACUUGUAUAACCCACUUGCCAACGUAGAUGACGGCACAUGUCCAAUGGAUAUAGAAGCUGAGAAUUAGUGUCUCUCACUCUGUACCCUCUAAACACCUGUAUACAUUCAUACCAUGCGUAGUGUGUAGAACAUUUAUACAACAGAGUCCUUACCCUUACCAUUAUAGAAUGUCUGCAGAACUGCCCUUUGAUGUUGUGAGGACUCGGCCCUGCCUGUAAAUUUUCCAGAAAGUAAAAUUCAAUAUUUGUC